AUGUGCGACUAUGACGGUACGCUGGUCCCAUUUGAUGAUGAUCCUGAGCGUGCUGUCCCCCCCCAAGAACUGCUUGAGGAUUUACGUACGCUGGCCGCGUCGCGGCGUAACACAGUAUGGCUUAUCUCGGGGCGUGACCGGACGUUCCUCAGCCGGCACUUUGGAAGCAUUGAGGGCCUUGGUCUUAGUGCCGAGCACGGCGCUUUUGUGAAAAAUCCCCGCCAGGAGUGGGUGUCACUAGGCGAACAGUAUGACAUGUCUGUUUGGAAACAAGGCGCCCGGGAGAUAAUGGAAAAAUGGACGAAGCGGACGCCUAAUACCCGCGUUGAGGAGAAACAGUACUCACUUUCAUGGCACUACCGUAAGGCCCGUUUGUCAGCAGAUUCCCGGCUCGCAGAAGGGCUGGGAGACGAGUUACAGGCGGCAAUAAAAAAAUAUCACUGGGAUAUGGUCGUCGUACAGGGCGACAAGGUUGUUGAGGUUAAAUCUCGCUUCCUUGAUAAGGGCCAAAUUGUAACUGACAUCUUACAACGUUCCUACCAAGGCCGGCUGCAUAUAUUAAAUGGUGGCCAACAGGGCAAGGUGGACUUUGUCCUUAACGUGGGAGACGAUACAUCCGACGAGCAUAUGUUUAAGGCGGUAGCAACAUUUCCUGGCUUAGGCGGCGCUUACACUAUGUGGGUACAGCACAAAAACAAGCCAGAUAAGAAGACUGAGGCUAGGUGGAAAACUUCCCCGCCUGCGCAUCGAGGCAUGGCGUGGAACGCGCCACCUUCUUUACUGCACAUGUUUGGAGUCAUAACUAGCACUAGUAAAGAGCACAGUGGAUAA